AUGGAAGUCUUCUUUAUUCUUUCCCUACUUUUCUUUACAGCCCAGUCGAGCUAUUUGGAACCACAACCAAUUACAAUUCCAACAUCUUUUUCGAUACUGAGUUUAGACCAAACCGAAAUAACAGAGUGCACUACAAACCCACAUACCAAUAUAUUUACAGCUGCUUAUUUGUUCGACUCAAUCAAGAACAGCCAAAUCAUUGUCACUUCUGAAAACUCAACUUUGUCGAUGUUUUUGGAGGACCACACACACACGUGCAAGUCGUUUGUGUUGAAUGCACCCGUCACCAUUGACACGUCUGUACAGUACAAAAUGGUGUUUUAUUCAACAGAACAACUUGAAAGCCACGUCACAGUCAACUUGGCGUAUUACAACGAGAGUGACCCAGAUGGAAAGCAAAACAUGACGAUCACUGAUUUUCCAUUUUUCAGAUACGUCACUGUCCCAGCAAAUUCUUCUCACAUCGAAGAUUUUUGUUCAAACAAAGACACUGACCAGGACUACCAAGUGAUAUACGGCGACAUGUAUUACAUUUCUGCUGAAGAAGAUUUAACUUUGGAAAUCAACACGUGUGGUCACACCGACAUGCUCACAGCCAUUCACGUGAUAUACGAAAACGGCGGAAAGUGUCUGAACUUUUCUGAUACAUAUCUAACUGCAGACCUUCGAUGUGGUGGAGGAAUGGGUACCCGGGUUGUUGUUCAGGCUCAUCCGCACAGUCCUCUUAGAGUGUAUGCCGGCUUUUUGGUACAAUCAGUCGAGUCUCGAGAUUUCUUGUUGAAUGUAACUAAACUUGGUGACGCCCCACGAGAGCAAGAGGACUGGGAGUUGUGGCUUUGGUUUGGUGUCAUUUGUGGUGUUAUUAUCGUCUUUGUGGUCAUAGUACUUGGUUCUAUUAUCAUCUUCGAGCUUGUCCGAGAAAGAGCAAAAGAACAAAUCUGUCAUUGUCGCCGAUUUUUAACUCUAAUU